AUGGUCGGUGGCAUCGGCUUCAUUGCCAAGCCGGUCGUGGGGGGAGACCAUGGAAAGCUUCCGCUCAUUCGAAUUUCGCAAACGGACCGUCAUAUUGAAUACGAGAGAUUGCUCGGUGACUUCAGUGUAGCCGACUUUGUGGAAGAAUUUGGAGGCAGAGAGAAGAAAAAAAGGAGGAGGGGAAAGGAGGAGGAGGGGAAAGGAGGAGGAGGCGAAGGGACAGAGAGAGAAAACGGAAGGAGAAGUAAAGGAGAGGGAAACUGGAAGAAAGUGCACAAUGUAGAAACCAUACAAGCAAAACGCUCUUCUCCUCUCCCCUUCAAACGGCUACGGGCUGAUACCCUUCCAUUCCGUGCAAGUCACAGCGUCCCAACGGCAGCAUCCCAUGGAAGCCCUACCAUGCAGCCAGCCGCCUUCUUCUCCCAUGGCGGGCUGCUGACAGCCGUCGCUCCCCAGUGA